GGGUAGGUGAAGGAGGUAGAGGAGGAAAAAGGCGUGAAGGUGUUUGGCUAGGGUGAAUGGGUGAAAGAGGUGGAGGUGGAAGAAGGUAUGAUGGUGCUUGACUAUGGUGAAUGGGUGAAGGAGGUGAAGGUGGAAGAAGGUGUGAAGGUGCCUGGCUAUGGCGGAUGGGUGAAGGAGGUAGAGGUGGAAGAAGGUGUGGAGGUACCUGGCUAUGCGGGAUUGGUGAACGAGGUGGAGGUGGAUGAAGGUGUGAAGGUGCUUGGCUAUGGUGGAUGGGUGAAGGAGGUCGAGGAGGAAGAAGGUGUGAAGGUGCUUGGCUGUGGCGAAAGGGUGAAGAAGGUAAAGGAGGAAGAAGGUGUGAAGGUGCCUGACUAUGGUGAAUGGGUAAAGGAGGUGGAGGUGGAAGAAGGUGUGAAGGUGCUUGGCUUAGGUGGAUGAUGGGUGAAGGAGGUGGAGGAGGAAGAAGGUGUGAAGGUGCUUGACUAUGCUGGACGGGUGAAGGAGGUGGACAUAGAAGAAGGUGUGAACGGGCUUGGCUAUGGCGGAAGGAUGAAGGAGGUGGAGGUUAAAGAAGGUGUGAAGGUGUUUGUCUAUGGUGGAUGGGUGAAGGAGGUGAAUGUGGAAGGUGUAAAGGGGCCUGGCCAAGGUGGAUGGGUGAAGGAGGUAGCUGGAAGGUGUGAAGGUGUGAAGGUGCUUGGCUGUAGCGGAGGGGUGGAGGUGGAGGUGGAAGAAGGUGUGGAGGUACUUGGCUAUGGGGGAUGGGUGAAGGAGGUGGAGGUGGAGGUGGAAGAAGGUGUUAAGGUGUUUGGCUAUGGUGGAUGGGUGAAGGAGGUGUUGUUGGAAGAAGGUGUGAAGGUGCUUGGCUAUGGUGGAUGGGUGAAGGAGGUACAGGUGGAAGAAGGUGUGAAGGUGAUUGGUUAUUGGGGAUGGGUGAACAAGGUGGAGGUGGAAGAAGGUUUGAAGGUGAUUGGUUAUGGUGGAUGGGUGAAGGAGGUCAAGGUGGAAGAAGGUGCGAAGGUGCUUGACUAUGGUAGAUGGGUGAAGGAGGUAGAGGAGAAAGAUGUGAGGGUGUCUGGCUAGGGUGAAUGAGUGAAGGAGGUAGAGUUGGAAGAAGGUGUGAAGGUGUUUGGGUAUGUAGGAUGGGUGAAG